AUGACAGUAAGGCUUGAAUCAGUUUUUUUAAAGAAUGUGUUGUUUUAUCUUUCAACCCUAGACGAUGUCCAGUCUUUUGAAUGUGUAUGUAAAAAAUGCCAAAUAGCAAUUAUUUCUGUAUAUAUCAACCCAUAUCGCCUUUCCGAGUUAUACCCUUUCAAUCGAAUUCAUAAAGUCUUUCCAAAGAUUGAAACGUUUUAUUUAACAUAUUGUAGUGAUAACAUAAAGAAGACGGACGUGAAAGAUAUUCCACUGAUGGAAAUUGGGAAAUUGACACGCGACAAUCCACACAAAUAUUUAGAACAGACUUGGUUUGCCGAGAAAGUGUCCAAGAUGAUAGUCACUCAAACAACUUACAAAUACGUUUUUAAGAAGAUUUCUAUUUACAAGAACCUUCAAAUAGUGAGUCUUGAUUGCAUACUCACUUCCGAACAUAUCGACGCUUUAUGUGAACUUCCGUUACUUAAGAAAGUGUAUGUACAAGGACAAUAUUGUUCAUUAGAAAAAUGGAUAGAAAAGGCACUCCAAUUUAAUAAGAUCAAAUUCGUUUUUCUUUUAUUAGAUUAUUGGUUUGAAGACUACCAAAAAAAAAUUUGUGAUGAAAAUAUCCCACAAAAUAUGACAUUUUUUGACAAUGAUUUAGACUCAAAAUACUUUAUGAACACAUCUCCAGUGUGUAUAGAUGUGAUUGUAAACAAAGAGAAAAGAACAUAUUCAUUGCAAUCGCAGUGGGUCACAUCAAAUAAAACAAUGAUUGAGGGCGUCGACAAAAUCUCCAAAUUGGUUGUUGAAAAACAAGUGCAAGAAGCAAAAUUUGUGCAGAAUUCACGAUCACUCAUAAAAAUUCCAUACGAUUUUUCGAUGUUUGAGACUUUGACAAAACUCACAGUUCAAUACUCAUAUGGCGGACUUGUAUUGCCAAAAUUCUGUGUCGACUUAAGCCUGUUAAAUUGUCAUUGCGAUGUCAAACUGGGUGAAGCAAAAUUGAUGCAUUUGAUGUUAAAACAAAGUGUACCGACUAUGACUGUUGAUGUCGAUCAAAUUAAAACGUUUUUAUCAGAAAAUUCAUCGACUGAAAAAUGCACAUUUAGGUUCGAUGGAAAAAAGACUGAAGGCUUCAAAAUAAGUCCAAUACUCGACGCUUUCGAGGUCAAUUGUAAUCGUGGUGCACAGGCUAGAUGCAUUUCUUGUGUGCAUUUACUGUUUGAAGAUAGUUAUAUAACAAAAGGAGGAAAAUUGGAAAAAGAAAAUGGGGUUAUACAGUUUAAAGAUAGAAAAAGUAAGUCGUAUUUUAAUUGA